AUGGAAUUGAAUAAUUUGAAGUUAACAUUCAAUCUAGCUUAAUCUAACAACAAACAGAAUAAAUCUAUAUAUCUGGUCUAGUAAAAUCAAAUAUAUAGUUUAAAGUAAAAUCUUAAAAAUUAUGAAAUUGAUGAAGGCUUAGACUUAAUAAAUGAAGCAUUAAAGCUUAAUCCUUUAUUUUCAUAAGCAUUCAUUUCGAAAAGGUUUCUUAAAAUAUUUCAAAUAAUAGGAGAAUUACACCUAGGAAAAAGUAUGGAUGAUUGGACAGUUGAAGAUGCAAUAAAAGUUAGAAGCUUAGGAGUAUUGAGGAACGCCAGCUUUGAUUAAAAAAGUAGUAACUAUUUAAAAUAAUUUUAGCAAAAGGGAUCACUCAAAAAGAUUUAUUGGUUGAAACAUUAUAAAAUUAUUUGUAUUCUAUUCAACUCACUCCUUAAUAUGGUUCGAUAUUCUAGAGAAUAGGUGAUAACUUUUUAUAACUUCCUAGGUAUAGCAAUAGGGGGAUUGGGUAAUUAUAAUGA